CUGAAAUUUUCCAAAGACAUUUAACAUACACUGAGUGCAAAAGGCCACUUAGGUUGUCUUUGUAUGAAUCCAGUUGAUUUGAGAAACAAAUUAAAAAGGUACCGCCUUCACUGAAGACUUCACAUGGGCAUACUCUCUGUUUCAACCAUAUUAUAGAUGAUGGUUAUUGGAACAGCCCAAGAAUUUACCACGGAGCAAAAGAAAUAGCUUGAGAGGCUAUCAGAACACCCCAGAACAGAGGAAAUGGAUGACUACAGGUAUCGGGACAACUAUGAGGGCUAUGCCCCCAGUGACGGCUACUACCGGGGCAAUGAGUCAAACCCAGAAGAAGAUGCCCAGAGUGAUGUUACAGAAGGCCAUGAUGAAGAGGAUGAGAUCUACGAGGGCGAGUACCAGGGCAUUCCUCAUCCAGAUGAUGUCAAGUCAAAACAGGCUAAGAUGGCACCUUCCAGAGCAGAUGGCCUUCGGGGCCAGGCAGACAUGAUGGCUGAGAGGAUGGAAGAUGAGGAGCAGUUGGCCCACCAAUAUGAGACCAUCAUUGACGAGUGUGGCCACGGACGUUUCCAGUGGACCCUCUUUUUUGUCUUGGGUUUGGCCUUGAUGGCUGAUGGAGUGGAAGUAUUCGUGGUGAGCUUUGCCCUGCCCAGUGCAGAGAAAGACAUGUGUCUGUCCAGUUCCAAGAAAGGAAUGCUUGGACUGAUAGUCUACCUAGGAAUGAUGGCAGGAGCCUUCAUCCUGGGGGGUCUGGCUGAUAAACUGGGAAGGAAGAGAGUCCUCAGCAUGUCCUUGGCCAUCAAUGCCUCCUUCGCCUCCCUCUCCUCCUUCGUACAGGGAUAUGGAGCCUUUCUUUUCUGCAGACUCAUCUCAGGCAUAGGUAUUGGGGGCUCCCUGCCAAUUGUUUUUGCCUACUUUUCUGAGUUCUUAUCGCGGGAGAAACGAGGUGAACACCUUAGCUGGCUGGGCAUCUUCUGGAUGACUGGGGGCAUCUAUGCUUCUGCCAUGGCCUGGAGCAUCAUUCCACACUAUGGAUGGGGCUUCAGCAUGGGGACCAAUUACCACUUCCACAGCUGGAGAGUGUUUGUCAUCGUCUGUGCUCUGCCCUGCACGGUGUCCAUGGUGGCACUGAAGUUCAUGCCAGAAAGCCCCAGGUUCCUGCUGGAGAUGGGAAAACAUGAUGAAGCAUGGAUGAUACUCAAGCAAGUCCAUGACACCAACAUGAGGGCUAAGGGGACCCCUGAGAAGGUGUUCACGGUUUCUCACAUCAAAACACCCAAGCAAAUGGAUGAAUUCAUUGAGAUCCAGAGUUCAACAGGAACUUGGUACCAGCGUUGGCUGGUCAGGUUCAUGACCAUUUUCAAGCAGGUCUGGGAUAACGCCUUGUACUGUGUGAUGGGGCCAUACAGAAUGAACACCCUGAUUCUGGCUGUAGUCUGGUUCACCAUGGCAUUAAGUUACUAUGGCCUGACUGUGUGGUUCCCUGAUAUGAUCCGGUAUUUCCAGGAUGAAGAAUAUAAAUCUAAAAUGAAGGUGUUUUUUGGUGAGCAUGUGCAUGGUGCCACAAUCAACUUCACGAUGGAGAACCAGAUCCACCAACAUGGGAAGCUUGUGAACGAUAAGUUUGUAAAGAUGUAUUUUAAACAUGUCCUCUUCGAGGACACAUUCUUUGACAAAUGCUAUUUUGAAGAUGUAACAUCCACAGAUACAUAUUUCAAGAACUGUACCAUUGAGUCAACCACCUUCUACAACACAGACCUGUACAAGCACAAGUUCAUUGACUGUCGAUUUAUCAACUCCACCUUUCUGGAGCAGAAGGAGGGCUGCCACAUGGACUUCGAGGAGGACAACGAUUUUCUGAUUUACCUUGUCAGCUUUCUCGGCAGCCUCUCUGUCCUGCCUGGGAACAUAAUUUCUGCCCUGCUCAUGGAUAGAAUCGGAAGACUCAAGAUGAUUGGUGGCUCCAUGCUCAUCUCGGCAGUCUGCUGUUUCUUCCUGUUUUUUGGCAACAGUGAGUCUGCAAUGAUCGGCUGGCAAUGCCUGUUCUGUGGGACCAGCAUUGCAGCCUGGAAUGCUCUGGAUGUGAUCACAGUGGAGCUGUAUCCCACCAAUCAAAGGGCUACAGCCUUUGGCAUCCUCAAUGGAUUGUGCAAGUUUGGCGCCAUCCUGGGAAACACUAUCUUUGCUUCUUUUGUUGGGAUAACCAAAGUGGUUCCCAUUCUUCUGGCUGCUGCUUCUCUGGUUGGCGGUGGCCUGAUUGCCCUUCGACUGCCAGAGACCCGAGAGCAGGUCCUGAUGUGAACAACUCACUGGGAGAAAGAUGGGAUGAUCUUCUCCAGGACACUCCAGCACAGCCACGACUCCCACCUCUCACUGUCCAUGGGAUACCAUGGACAACACAGGAGGAGAAAUGGACUUUGAGAUCCCUAGUUUAGGACCCACUUCAGUUGUCAAUACAUUCGUAACUCAGGUGAUUGACUAGGGGUACCCUGAGUCACCCUUAGGAUCCCAAAACUGUGUGCUUAGUUUCAGGUCUCUCCAUCCAAGGCAGGGAAGGGGAGGAGAAUCCAGCAAACACAUACAGUGAGCAAGGAAUAUGUGUUUCUGUAAAUGAGGCUCGAGGAAUUAUUUGCAUUUCAGAUUGAAAUCGAGGGCAACAAACAAUUAAGUUCCUCCACAAAGCUCCCAGGAGCCCUGUGACCUAGCAGAUUGCCUCCAUUGGGAGUUGAGGUCAUUACGUGAAUACUGGGCUAGGAGAAGGAGAUAUACAUUUGCAUUAGAAAGUAUCACCAAUAAUAUUUUCAAUUUUAAAUUGGCACAGUAGUAUUGAAGGUACUCUGAUAUAGGAAAACCAAAUAUUUAAGCAAAUUCUGUAUAGACUGACUUUUCUUCCAAAGCGUCCUCAACUUUGCACAAUGAAGAGAUGAUACAUUAAGAAUGAUAUUUAUGAUUCUGCUCUAGUCAGAGAAACCUAAAAAUGUGUAUUCUGUAAACUGAGUUUGUAUAUAACAGUUUUGAGGUUUUAUUUCUACAAAUGGUAGCUGCAAACGUUGCCAGUGUUUUAGCCAUAUUUGGGAAGGAUUUGCCAUUCAAGGUCCCUGGAAACUUGGUGCAAUUGGAUGACAGUUGACCACAAUUUCAAUACAGCUAUAGAGCCUGUUGUCAAGAGAAUGUACAAAGCAAGCCAUGAGUAGUUUCCAUCACCUUGGAACUUUUCAAUUUAGUGGUGCAGUUACUUUUCUCUCCUAUAACCAUUUGUGAAGCUUAAAUCCAGGGCCAUUUGACUCUGCUGUUUACUCAGAAGCAGUAGGAAGUGUUCUAUGGCUGCUGGCACUCUCUAUAUAGAGACUAAAACAACACAGGUAACUGACUAAAGUUGGGAAAAAGUUCUUCAAAAUGUGAGUUCUUCCUGUUUGAUUUAGCAGGAGAACACGAUGCACAUUUACUAUGAUGUUUCGGACCUAUGAGAAAUCUAUGCUCUACACCCUGCUCCAGGGAUUUUGAAACAGGCCAUUAGGGUGGAAGUUAGGAUGUGAUGGGUGUUAAAUACAUUCAUUUCUUCAGUGCUCUAAGGAAUCUAUCCUGAGAUCCAGUUUGGAACUUGAAUGUGGAAGCGGGUUGGGAGAGGAAGUCAGGACAAACUGUUCUGGAUGGUGUCAGCCAUCAUCUGAGGCCUUGACUCCAUGUUGAAAGAACAACUUUUUUUUUUCAUCAGGGGUUAUCUAGCAGUGGUAGAGACAGGGAGCUAGGGGUUCCUGUCAUUGGAGCUGUGCUUGCCUGGGCCAGGGGAACAUCAAUCUGUAAGAACUAGUUGGCUCUUUUUAUUUGCAGCACACCCAGGAGCUAUAAAGUGCUAAACUUUGUGCAUUAGAAACCUCCCCAAAUCUAAAUGAGACUAAUGGCUACAUUGAGUGUUUUCUCAGUUUUGUGGGUUAUGUAGAACCCGUAUACAGCUGAAGCCAUCUUUCUGUAAUCCUCCAGAGUGUAAUCCAGCAGGGGGAAUGAGUGGAUUUUUUGAGACCUUUUCUCCUAUCCUCAAGUCUGGCUGACAUGUUUACUCUGCUUCUCUGGUUCACACUUCUUUACACCUCCCUCACUUUCUGUAUAGGGAAGGAAGAUGCCACAUCAGCUCUGACAUGACACCCCGAUUCCCCCAAAUAUAAAUAUAUAUAAAUAUACAGAAUGUAUUAACGCUUCUCUUGGUGUUUUAUAGGCAUUAACUAACACACCACUCUGUUGAUAAUGAGAGACUUUCUGUACUAUAGCUACAAUAUCCUUUCCCAUUUUCUUGUGAUAUGGAAUGCAUUGGCUAGGAUCAUGAGAGAAUUGUGUAAAUCUGUGAUUACAAAUCCCUCAUAACAGUAUUCUUUAAUGGGACAAUACACCUCAGUGAGCAGCUACCGCUUAAGAAAUGUAUAAGACAGAGUCUACGUUUUCAGUCAGAUGGAUCUUGUAAUCUGAUUAAUUUUUGAGUGCAGGGGUAGCUGCAGCCAUUUGUAGGUUAACUCUGUUUAGUUUCUAAGCUCUGUCUUCUACAUUACAUUUAUGGAUCCUUAAACUAACUACCCAACCUACCAAGGACAAUUCCCAUCCCAUCCAUCACAUGGGCUGUGUGAAGGAUGCAGCCCUUGUCUGCAACCUCUCUCAUGAAGGAUUAUCUGGCCAUAAUACCUGGCCAUUUCAUAACUGCUGUCACUCCUGAUGAGAUGAAUAAGUCUUUAAAAAUAGUCUCUAUGGCAGGUCAUUGGGGGAUAAUGUACAAUAUUCUUACCUAUCCAUCUUCUAUUUUGCCCUCUUCAUGGCAUCCAUAGAGGGUGAAAGUGAAGAGUCAUUCCUUCUCUGAACAAGACUGUUUGUGGUUCAUGAUGGAUUUUAUGAUGGUCAGUUUGGGAGUUCUUCUUUUCAACAGUCUCGUCUGUAUUGUGUGAUCUCCUGAUGCUGAUUUUUGAUCUUUCAUUUUAUUAAAACUAAUUAGUGAAAGAGG